AUGAUCCACUUGUAUUGCUUUCCCUGUGUUCAAUUAUCUUUCACGCUCCGUUUGUAUGAUGACAUUCCACAUUUAGGUCUGCAUCAAGAAGUGACGCAUUGGUGA